UUAAAAAUAUAUAUAUACAUAUGAUUAAAAUGAAUAUCAAAAAUUGAUACGUUUCCGUCUAUUGUUUUCACAAUUUUGAAUUUUCUUGUUUUGAAUUUUGAAGAACUGAGAGAUUAAUAUAAUAUAAUACACAUGACUUUAGAAUUUGGAGAAUUACCGGUUCGAAUACGAAAAAUCGUUUAUUAUACAUUAGCUUCAUCAGAUCAAAGAGUUUGGGCAAAAUUUAUAUUUCCUGGUUUACAAAAUUUUUUGAUACGCUCAUUUUAUACUUCUUUGCCAAUGGCACCAGCAUUUCUACUGACAUUUUGGUUAGUGACAUGGUGUCCGGAAGAACAUAGAAGAUCAAAAAGAAAAGAUCCAAAUUUAUAUUUAUAAAAUAAUACAAAAUAAUUUUGAAGAUUAUAAUGGAGUAAUAAUUAUUUAUGUUUUCAUUCUAUUGCAUUGUUACUUAAAUUGUACUUAGUACUUAAUUUUAGUUAAAUCAAAGUUAAAAUAAAAAGUAUAUUCAAAAAUAUUUUAGAUUAAUAAUU